AUGUUUCUGUCUCUUCCUACGUUGACUGUCCUUAUUCCACUGGUCUCGCUAGCAGGGCUGUUAUACUCGGCCUCUGUGGAAGACAACUUCCCACAGGGCUGCACUAGCACAGCCAGCCUGUGCUUCUACAGUCUGCUCUUGCCGAUCACCAUACCCGUUUAUGUGUUCUUCCACCUAUGGACUUGGAUGGGUAUUAAACUCUUCAGGCAUAAUUAAUACAACCAGAGCCAAGAUGGUGUAUCCUCGUGAUAUGCUUGAGUGUCUGCCUCUGAAAGCCCAGCUACAUGGAAAUACUGAACACCCACUGAAUUUGCACGAAAGAUGCUUUGCCUGGCUUCUGUCAGAGGUUUAGGACUGGGGAGGCUUAAGCUGCAGAGGCUUCUUUAUUGUACUUUGGUUCUGCCCUUGUUCUUUGAAGGUUCUUAUUUAUACCUGGAGUAUCAGGAGAAACAUUUCAGCAAAGUGUCUCGUUGGAAAUUAAUAGCCCCAGCCGUCAUCUGAUGACUUUAUUUCUUAUCCCAUUCAUAAUUAGAAGUUACUAAUUUGAAAUCUUAUACGUUUAUUUUACAUUCAGAGUCUGGUAAAGUCACAUGUUAAGGAUGACUGAAAUAAUUCCAGAGGCGCUCUGUUGGGGCAGCUGUAGAGAAAUGCAUUUGAACUAAUGUGGUAUAAAACUGUCAUAAAAUGGAAACCAUGUAUUUGCCAAAA